AUGUGCGUGAAAAAGACGGUUCAGGAAGGCAUCAUCGAGAUAUUUCAUAUCAUAGCAGUACCCAAGGUAUCCUCCCGGUUCACCGCAGACCUCAUGAUGAAGGUUCAUCCUCGAGCAACCUUCGGACGCAGGUUUGAAAUCAGGGACCCGAAGAGAUGUCGAUUGAGAACUUUACGGAGCUUCAGCGUCGUCGCACCCGGGCCUGAGACAGUGACCAUCAACAUCACUGGCCGGGCCGAUCAGCCAGCCGACUCGACUUGCGCAGCGGCUUCAACAUUGAAUGACGAAGCAGAUGCUUUUGAGGAAGACUCUGAAGGGCUCACAGGUCCCAAGAUAAACAAGAUCGAAGUGGAGACAUCAAGAUCGAUGAAGCCCGCUGAUGAAUGGACAGCUUGUGGAACCAUCGUCAAGAAGAAUAUGCAGAUCAAGAUGUCAAGACCAAACUUGACUCCGAGAAGGGUGGCAAAGUGCAACUGUCUGAACUGA